AACUUUACUUCCUUCCAGCUUUUAAAUGCACUUCUCCAGAGCAGAGAAGUAUCCUCUAGUGACUGUUAUCUUCCCUUCUACACAGCCAGCUUGCCACAUCCAGCAAGAAGGAUGGGGGAAAGCACCGGUGCAGGGUUUCUGAGCCCAAACACCUCAACCUCCUGGAUGGCAGUCACAACAAAUCCAAUGGACAAAACUGUGCCUGGAAGUUUCAACAGCAGGACCCUGGUCCCAAACUUGAUGAUCGUCAUCUCAGGACUGGUUGGGAUGACAGGAAACGCCAUCGUGUUCUGGCUCCUGGGUUUCCGCUUGCGCAGGAACGCCUUCUCCGUCUACAUCCUAAACCUGGCCGUGGCCGACUUCCUCUUCCUCCUCUGUCACAUCAUAGACUCCACGCUGCUUCUCCUCAAGUUUUCCUAUCCCGACAUUAUCUUCCUCCCGUGCUUUAACACCGUCAUGAUGGUUCCCUACAUCUCAGGCCUGAGCAUGCUCAGUGCCAUCAGCACCGAGCGCUGCCUGUCGGUCCUGUGCCCCAUCUGGUAUCGCUGCCGCCGCCCAAAACACACAUCCAGUGUCGUGUGCGCUGCGAUCUGGGUCCUGUCGAUAUUGAUUAGCAUUCUGAACCGGUAUUUCUGUGGCUUCUUAGAUGCCAAAUACGAAAAUGACGAGCGGUGUCUGGUAUCAAACUUCUUCACCGCCGCGUGCCUGAUAUUUUUGUUUGUGGUCCUCUGUCUGUCCAGCCUAGCCCUGCUGGCUAGGCUGUUCUGCGGCGCUGGUCGGAUAAAGCUCAGCAGAUUGUAUGCAACCAUCAUGCUCACGGUGCUGGUUUUUCUCCUCUGCGGCUUGCCCUUUGGUAUCCACUGGUUCCUGUUAAUCUGGAUUAAGAUUGAUUACGGUGCGGUUGCUUACGGUCUUUAUCUGGCAUCACUCGUCCUGACUGCUGUUAACAGCUGUGCCAACCCCAUCAUUUACUUCUUCGUGGGCUCCUUCAGACAGCAGCUGAAGCACCAGACCCUCAAAAUGGUUCUCCAGAGGGCUCUACAGGACGCUCCCGAGACGGGUGAAAACGGAAGCAGUGUCCCUCAGGACACAACAGAGAUGUCAAGCAGCAGAGCGGAGCAGUGACAAGAGCCUCCACCUGGACCUCAGAGGUGACUUCGGAGUGAUCGCUGCUCUGCGGUGCUUGACAGCUAGCUGUCUGCUCUCCUCUCAGUCCUGUGACCCGACAUGCCUCAGUGGGUUCACCAACCUCUCCAGCAGAUCGCCAUUGACUUAGUUUUCCUACUUUUCCUGAGUAAAAGAAUUUAUCUGAAAAUAUCGUGUCUUCAUCCUUCUUGGCAUCAAUAAAAUCCUCAUGCUAA